AUGCCGGCAAACCAUUUGAAUGGGAACGGCGCCCGUCCUGGCACCGCUUCGCAUUCUCCCGUCUUUCAUCAGCCGUCGCAACCAACUUCAGCUCCCAAGCAAACGCCGGUUUCUGUCCCUGUACCAGGUGCCGCGGAUGGGGUCAAGCCCCCUGUUGUCCCUGUCACCUCUGAUAUUCCGCAAGGAACUCAGUCAGCGUCGCCUCAGCUUAGCAAUAAUCUCGAUAAGAAAAAGAGAUUUCACGACGACUACGCUCGCCUCUCCGCUGCUAUUCAAGAGGCCGACCCGGAUGCCGUUAGGCGUGCCAUUCGGGACAACCAUCCCAAGUGCCUACUUGGCUCACACUAUCACCUGGCUUUUCUUAUGAACGUCACCAUGCACCAAGCCGACGUGGGAAUCUUCCAGAGAGCCGUCAGGGACUUUGGCGCAAGGUUUCUGGAGGCCGGCAAGCACGAGCUUGUCAAUGCCAUGACCCCGGCUGAUAUCGAUGAGGUGGCGGACAAGAUUCUCGCCAAAGCCUCGGACACGUUUCUCGACAGGGCUCUCGUAGCUCGUCUACGCACUAUCCAGGCACGCCGACUUGUCAAUGCCCUGGCGCGAGCGGAGAGACUCGGAUACGAUGCUGCGGACAUUGUCGAGAAUGAACAUGUCAUCCCCUCCUUGCCUGGAACCACCCCUGCGGCUCCUGCUCAACAACAACAACAACAACAGCAGCAGCAGCAGCACUUGCAGCACCAGCAACAGCAGCACCAGCAGCUUCAACAACAACAGCAAGUUGCCCUCGCACGAACGAACUCCUUUCAGAGUGUCAACCAAAAGCCAGAGCUCCCUGUGCAACCCCUGGAGCCAGCAGAUCCGGCCAACCCGCAGUGCAUCUAUUGUCAUCGAACCUUCCCAGGGGUAUCCGCCUACCAGCAUCACGUCAAGAAGAAGAUCUGCGUCAAGACGUCUCCGUUAUCGAGAUCAACUAGUGAGGCGUACAUGUGCCCUCACUGCGCGCAAAGAUUUGGCGGCAUGGCUGGCUUGCAAUACCACAUGCUCAACAAGGUGUGCGGCGACUUUGGCGAAGUUAUCAAGGAUGAUAUUGCGUCGAUUCCAAAGUCGUCCCUGCCACCACCUAUCCUUAACCCACCCGUCAAACGUCCAGCGCCAGCUUCCGAUAGUACCCCGACGUACAUCACAUCCGGGACCAACAGCCCAGCGCACACAACCCCCAUGCCAUCAAACUCCCAAACACCUCGUGCCAGCUCUCAGGCAGUUGAUCUCUCCAACGCUCCACUGGGCACCCCUCAACACAAGGAUAUGGCCCAUCUCACAGUCCAUCAAAUCGAGGCACUGAAGGGCGAGCUGCAGCUGGCCGAGGAGCAGUUCAAGAUGAAAAUUGACGCUGCGCAGAAGGCCGGCGGUGACCCCGAUGAACUACAAAAGAAGCUUGCGGGAUUUAAAAACUCAUACGCAUGCAAGCAGUCCACUAUCCGCAAGAAGUAUGGCAUCAAGCUGCGCCAGCGACGCAAUCGCGAGGAGAUGGAGGCGGAACGCCAGCGCAUGGGCAUACCUGAUGGUGUACCGCGCACGAUACCAACGCCGAGUAAAGAGGGCCAUGCUGACAAGCGAGCUCGUCUCAAUGGCGAGGGUGAUGCGUCGACGACGCAGACUUCACGGAACGUCACGCCGAUCCAGACAGUCGCGGUGACGGACAUGGCAAACGGUCUUAACGGUUCCAACGCGACGGCCGCCACACAGGAUCCGACGGCGAGCAUGUCGCAGCCGCCUGCGUCCGCACAGCCUAUGGCCAGCCGGCCGCCGCCGUCGACAUAUCACCAAGGCAACUACAGAGUUGAGGUACACGUUCCAAGCCCGUCGAAAAAGAUCGGGGCUGCUGCUCCAGACGAGAGUUUGAUGGACAACACGCCAUCGAGGGCGUCGUCCAGUGGCGGUAUGACGGCAGAGCAGCUCCUCAAGCAGAUGCGGGGCGGUGCUGGAGCCCCCAUUGAGCUGAACGACGAAGAGAGCUCCUCUGAAUCAGACUCUAGCUCUGAUGAAGAAGAGUGA